UUGAUGACGGAGAAAUGUGCGACACAUGAUUUCCUUGGGUUUUGAUAGAAAUGAGGAUCGAGUUUCUUUUUGUUUUCUCUUCUUUUUUCCGUUGAACUCAUGAGAACACAACCAGUGACCUUUACUUCUCUAUAUUAUCGCAAUGUUUACUGUAUUUAGCACAGUAACUUUACGAGAGGAGGGAAGGUGAUCAGCUUCAAGUAUCUUGUCAUUACGUUUUUCGUAUAAUUUAUAAAGUUAGCAGACUGUGGCAACUUGGUUCUGUAAGUGUAAUCAAAACGAUCCAAAAGUAAAUUUGAUUAGUAAGCCUUUACAUGCAUCGAUUAAACCUCACAAGAAGGAGGAUACUAACUAACAUGGGUUCAACUUUUACAUUAAAGGCCAAAACAAGUUUGCGCACAAGUUUCUUGACUUUAUGGAAAUCAGCAGAGUCGCUGUCCUCUGCACGCUCUCUGUGUAUAAGGGACACCAAGUCGAUCCUAAAUGGUAAACAAACAGACAAAAGGGAGAGUCGAAACACAGAGGGACAAACUGCAACAAAAAACAGCAGACAAGGAAGAGCUGAUCUAUGCAAUGAUGAUGUGGAUAAAAAUGGUACGAGGUCCACCCUUUGGCAGAGAUCUCACCUUCCCAAGUCUGUAUUUGCUGCGGGGACAGCCAAGAGGAUGGCAGGAUUGUUAAAGAAGAAGGCAUCUCCAGAUUAUAACGAAAAAGAACCUCAAGACAUGAAGGGCAAAGGAAAGAUGGAGCCCCCUGACCGGCCGCUUCCUCCAGACGAAUGGAGGAAACUGAAAGAGUCUUUUGGAAAACCACAGCGCUUUGAUGUUCAGAUGAUGACCUCAAUGUUCAUCUCAGAGUCAGAGCUGGAUGUUGCAAAGUCGCUGCUCACGUUUGUAGCCAUGGAAACAGGCACACUGUCUUAUGAGCUGCUACUUCGGUAUCUAACGCUGUGUGUGAGUGGCGGUCAUGAUGAGGAGGUAUUUGACGUCUAUGACAUCAUGCGGGAAAUUUUCCCCUCACUGGACACUGGAGCCACCACUCUUUUUAUCAAGUCCUUCAGUCGGACAGAUCGAUGGAAGGAGGCUAUGAACCUCCUGGAUGAAAUCAAAAAGGUUUUCACCCCGUCCCCACGUAACUAUGGCGAUGUCAUUUCAGCAGCAAUGUUGCAUGGUGACACGAAUACGGCUUGGGCUCUCUAUGAUGAAUUACUUGAAAAGGGGCUGAGCCCACACCCCGAGACCUGGUGUGUUCUUUUUACUAGAGCAGAAAUGACUGAGGGGGCCGCACAUGAGGCUGAACAUCAUCAGAGGCUGCUGGGAAUUCUGCUCUACAUGAGAAACAACCAGAUCUAUCCAAACAAAAUGGUGGCCAAUGCGAUCAAGACGUGGUUUGAGAGCCUCUCAAGUCAAAAGUGGACAGGAAGCUGGACCAGCCCAAGAUCCAAGGGACUGUGCGGGUGUUGUGGAUCAGAACUGGAGUCCAUCCAACUUACUGCUGAGGAGUAUCAAGAGCUGAAAGAAAAAGUGAUAGCAGAUGUCAUUCAAGGACGCGAUGUUUUUAAAAAGACCACUCCAGAGGAGUUGGAGCAUUUCAAGGAGUUUGUGAGGAGGAAGCCGCCAUUUGACGUGGUCGUAGACGGACUAAACGUGGCUAACGUGAACAGGGACAAAACCAAGCUUUCACACACGUUGUUGGCUGUCGUGUCAGAGCUCAAGCAUCAGGGUCUGACCAUUUUAGUGCUGGGCAGGAAGCACAUGCUGCGCCCCUCCAUAUCAUGGGACCGAAAGAACAUGAGCCUCAUCCAGCAAAAAGCUCAUUGCUUCUUUACCGAUAACAUUUCUGAGGAUGACCCCUUCCUGCUGUACGCCACUUUGCAUUCUGGGUACCACUGUCGGUUUGUGAGUAGGGACCUGAUGAGAGACCACAAGGCUUGCUUGCCAGAUGGAGCCACCCGACGCCUGUUCUUCAAGUGGCAAAGGGGCCAUCAACUGGUGCUGGACGGGUUUGUUGCAGCAGGCAACAGGGUCAAGUUUCAGAGUAUUCCCAGCUACGAUACCAUUGUCCAAACUACAAGUGACUCGUGGCACAUUCCCUAUGACGACACAGAGGACAGGAGUACUUAUGAAGUGCCACAGAGAUGGUUGUGUCUCACAAAAAAGCCCUGAAGUUUUGUUGUUAAAUUUUUGAAAAUCAAAAAUGUCUUGUAUUUAUACAAUUACAUUAAAUAAAUAUGAAACCCUGUUUGU